CCUUGCUUUGCAGCCAAUCGGAGAACUAACAGCUGGAGAACCCUGGGGAGAAAAAGACGCCACAACCCCAGAAGCCCGGGCAAGCCCUUUGCAAUGGCUUCUGGGGAUUGUAGUCUUCUUGGGUAGGAGCCAGAAAGAAAAGUAACGGCAGUCUGUGGAGCUGAGAACAACGAUUCCCACAAUGCAGAGCGGCCACCCAGACCUCGUUCACCAGCCCGGGCGACUUAGGUGGUGCUGGCCAUGGCUUGGAGAGUGUGCUGCAGGCUGGGGUCCCAACUGAGGAGGCUUCCUGGACGGAGACACGCAUGGGGGCGCCGAGACAUCGCCUCCUGCAUAGACCGUAAGAUUAAGGGGAAAUAACCUAACAGUCUGCUGUUUCGGGUUAGGGACAGUCCUCUGGGGAAGAGCGGAGUUCGUCUGUUAGCUGGGGGGAAAGCAAAUAGCCGGACUUCCUUGCCUUUAGCGGAGGUGUGGCAGGCAGAGAUCCAACAGGUUGCGUUGGCCACCGCGUGGUAAUGUACCGGGAGGAAACCACCACCGGUUGAACUCCUGCCAACUAUUCUGCUACAGCAGUUGAUUCUUCUUUUUUUUUGCACGGAGAUGAUCGGAGGGGAGGUUGCUUGCCGUUCUCAGCAAGGGGGUGUGCUGUUUGGGUCAUGCUUCGUCUGUUGGACUUCUGUCUGCAAUGACGCUAUUAAGGAGGAUUCUUGCUGGAGAGGGAGGUUGGUUCUGGCUUUCCAAAUACUGUUGGGCCACAACUCCCAAUUGAUCCCAGUCAGCAUGGAGAUGCCACUGUGGAUUCAAUCUGGGGCCUUCUGCAUGCAAAGCAGAUGCUCUGGCAGGGAGCUGUGACUUUCCCCAUUGUUCCUCAUGUGCUGAGAUGAGAAGCAGAAUUCAUUCCAUCAGCUCUAUGAGGCCAUUCCAGUUAUUCAUUACAAGAACCAUUACUUAAUUUUUAACAAUUGGCAUAUCCAACCCCCCCCUCUCCCUGCCCCCUUUUCCUUCUGUGCUGUGGCUUUUGAAUUGCAAGCCUGCAUGCAGAAAACUUGUCUUGUUUUAGCUGAUUAUGUGCAAGCUGUUUCAGAAGCAAAGCAGGAAUGCUCCAGAUAAAUAAUGUUGUGAGUUGGGCCGUAUCCCCAAGUCCCCUUCUAAUUCCUGGACCUGGCAAGGAUUCAGUUGCUGGAGUAGUCAGGCCAGUUUCUUGGCAAGAUAGUGGUCUAAGUAUGUCAUUAAGGCAACCACGGAAGCAGCUCUGGGCCAGAGGGAAAAUGGGUGCUCCUGUCCCUUAACUGGCUGGUGAGAAGGACAAGAGCUAAAAUAGAGUGUGUGAGAGCUAGAAUCUAGAAGUCGGCUGGGCUGCUGUGAGUCAGCCAUGCCUGGUUUCUGUUUAAAUCCAAACUAUGGUCAAGGGAAGAACAAGACCUCCUUGGGGUGUUAGUGGUGUGAUUCCCUCCAUCGUAGGCUUAGUUUGUGUAUAUGUGUAAAUAAACCAUAUAUCAUAAAGACACCACAGUCUCUACUGUCCCCAAACCCUGGGUCGGAGUCUGGAACCUCGCACUACUUGGAGAUUGGGUGGUAUGCAGCAAUAAAUAUUACUUUCAUUAACCUAAAGUGACCUGUUUAUUGGAGGACCUCUUCCUCCUUUUUUCCUUGUAUCUGCUUUGAAAGCUUCUCCCCUUUCUUCUGCCUCCCAGCCACAGUGGGUUUGACCGAGGAGCAGAAGGAGUUCCAAAAAGUGGCCUUUGACUUUGCUGCCAAAGAGAUGGCCCCCCACAUGGCUGAGUGGGAUGAAAAGGUGAGGAAUCCACUAGGCGCAUAGAUACCAGAUCUGACAACAAUGCUUAAGUGUCCUACCAAGAGAGCAGGUGGGGAAAGCCUGCCACUGUUUGCUACUGCUGAUUGGUUCGUUUGCUUGGGGCUGCUCGUUUCUGCUACUCAGUAGCAAACAUAAAAUGUUAAAGGUGACCUUUCCUGGCUUCCGAGUGGUAGCGCUUGUUUAUUCACCGGUAAGUUACCCUAUGACGUGGGUGGCGCUGUGGGUUAAACCACAGAGCCUAGGACUUGCCAAUCAGAAGGUUGGCGGUUUGAAUCUCCGCGACGGGGUGAGCUCCCGUUUUUCGGUCCCAGCUCCUGCCCACCUAGCAGUUCGAAAGCACAUAAAGUGCAAGUAGAUAAAUAGGUACCGCUCCGGCGGGAAGGUAAAUGGCUUUUCCGUGCGCUGCUCUGGUUCGCCAUAAGUGGCUUAGUCAUGCUGGCCACAUGACCCGGAAGCUGUACGCCAGCUCCCUCGGCCAAUAAAGCGAGAUGAGCACUGCAACCCCAGAUUCGGCCACUACUGGACCUAAUGGUCAGGGGUCCCCUUUACCCUUUACCUAAGUUACCCUAUGCUUCGAAAGGCACAUCAGUGGCGGUUUUAGUAUGUAUGCAUCAGGUUUCACCACUUCAAAGCCAUGCAGUCUUCCCUCCACAUUUGUAAGGAGUAAUUCCUUUUGUGUGGCAGCACCUGGAACUGUGGAACUCCCUGCCAAUUGACAUUCGGCAAGCACCAUCAUUAUAUUCUUUUAGAAACCUGCUGAAAAACAUCUGUUUUGGUGGGUCUGUCUGGACACAUGGUCUGUUCUUCAAUUUAUUUUGGAUGUGUGUGGUUUUUAAGAAGUUUAUAACAGUUUUAAGAUGUUUUCAUAGAGUCGGAAAGGACCCCAAGGGCCAUCUUGUCCAACCCCUGCAAUGCAGAAAUCUCAACUAAAGCACCCAUCCAACCUUAGUUCAACAACCUCCAAUGAGGCGAGUCCAGUACCUUCUGAAGGGAGUCCAGUCCACUGUCGAACAGCUCUUAGCCUCAGAAAGUUCUUCCUAAUGUUUAACUGGAAUCUCUCCUUUCCUGUAACUUGAAACCAUUAGUUUAAGCCAUCCCAUUCAGAGUUCAUCCAUGUGGCAGCCCUUUAGAUAUUUGAAGAUGAGAGCAUUUGCAGAUGAUUUAGUAUUGACGUUACAGGAGCCAGAAUCUAGUACUAAAAGAGUUUUAGAACUGAUUCAAGAAUUUGGUCAAGUUGCAGGAUUUAAAUUGAACAAGGUAAAAACUAAGGUUCUAGAGAAAAAUCUAACACCAAUGGAGAAAGAGAGGUUUCAGAAUGUGGCAGGUUUAACAGUGGUUAAGAAAGUGAAAUACCUGGGGAUUAACAUAACAGCAAAAAAUGGGAAUCUAUUUAAAGAUAAUUAUGAAAAAUGUUGGGCUGAAGUGAAAAAAGAUUUAGAAAUUUGGUCAAAUUUGAAGCUUUCACUGCUGGGCCGUAUCGCUGCGAUAAAAAUGAAUGUAUUGCCUAGAAUGUUGUUUUUAUUUCAAACAUUGCAAAUUGUGGACAAAAUGGAUUGUUUCAAGAGGUGGCAGAAAGACAUUUCUAGAUUUGUCUGGCAGGGCAAGAAGCCUAGAAUAAAAUUUAAAAUAUUAACGGAUGCAAAGGAAAGAGGUGGAUUUGCCCUGCCAGACCUUAAACUUCAUUAUGAAUCAGCAGCUUUUUGCUGGUUGAAAGAAUGGCUGCUUCUUGAAAACACUGACAUUUUGGACCUAGAAGGUUUUAACAAUGUAUUUGGAUGGCAUGCAUAUUUGUGGUAUGAUAAGGUCAAAGCACAUAAAGCAUUUAAAAACCAUAUUGUCAGGAAAGCGCUGUUUAAUGUUUGGAUAAGAUAUAAGGAUUUAUUAGAAAACAAAACUCCAAGGUGGCUGUCACCAAUGGAAGCGAAAGCCUUGAAAAAGCUCAAUAUGGAGGUCAAAUGGCCGAAAUAUUGGGAAAUUUUGGAACAAGAUGGAGAUAGACUGAAAUUGCAGAGUUUUGAAAAACUGAAAAACAAAGUGUGAGACUGGCUUCAUUAUUUUCAGAUAAUGGAGGCAUUUAAAUUGGACAAAAAAAUUGGCUUCCAGGUGGAAAAAUCAAAAUUAGAAACUGAACUGUUAGAACCCAAAACUAAAAAUUUGUCAAGAAUGUAUAACUUGCUGCUAAAAUGGAACACCCAGGAUGAAACGGUAAAAUCUGCUAUGAUUAAAUGGGCACAAGACGUUGGACAUAACAUUAUGUUCGCUGACUGGGAACAGUUAUGGACCACUGGUAUGAAAUUUACGGCAUGUAAUGCCUUAAGAGAGAAUAUUAUGAAAAUGAUAUACAGGUGGUACAUAACCCCAGUCAAGCUUGCAAAAAUCUAUCAUUUGCCCGAUAAUAAAUGUUGGAAAUGUAAAGAAACUGAAGGCACAUUUUUUCACCUUUGGUGGACGUGCCCAACGAUUAAGGCUUUCUGGGAAAUGAUAUAUAAUGAAUUAAAAAAGGUAUUUAAAUAUACCUUCCUGAAGAAACCAGAGGCCUUUCUCCUGGGCAUAGUCGGCCAAACGGUGUUAAAAAAGGAUAGAACUUUCUUUAUGUACGCAACAACAGCAGCAAGAAUACUCAUCGCAAGGUAUUGGAAGACACAAGAACUACCCACACUGGAGGAAUGGCAGAUGAAACUGAUGGACUAUAUGGAACUGGCGGAAAUGAAUGGUAGAAUCCGUGACCAGGGAGAAGAGUCGGUGGAGGAAGAUUGGAAGAAAUUCAAAGAUUAUUUGCAGAAACAUUGCAAAAUUAAAGAAUGUUAGAGUGAUGUUGGACUGAAAAUAAGUGGCUUCUAGCUAUACAGGUUUUAAAGUUAUAUAUAGAUCAAGAUUAAGGAUUAGGAUUAAAAAGAUAAAGGAAAUGGAAAUUUGGCUUUUAAGAGGUAAAAAUGUAAUGUUAUGUUAUAUUAAGAUUAAGGAUUGGGAUUAAAAAAAGAGGGAAAGAAAUUGCUGGACAUACAAAUUGAACUGGAAUACAAAAGAGGGAGGUAUGAGGAGGUCCAGAAAAUAAGUAAAUUUAAAAAAUGGAGAUGAAAAGGUGGUAUUGCUUUUAAAUGUUUUCUUUUUUGUCUUUUGCUUUUUGUUUCUUUUCUUUUUUUCUUUUUGGAUUAUGUAUUGUGUAUUUCUGAACUGUGUAUUUUUCUUUUCUACUUUUAAUUUUUAGUUUGGAAAUUCUAAUAAAUAUCAUUUUAAAAAAAUAAAUAAAUAGAUAUUUGAAGAUGGCUCUCAUAGCUCCUCUCAAUCAGCUAGUAAGCCAAUAUUGUGGUUGGUGGGUGAGAGGUGUUCACCUGCUGCUUCAAAGAAAUAGUUGUCCUUGAGAAAAGGAAGGGGGGGGGACAAAACCUCAAGAUUUGUCGAAAACCCAAAUGAAGAACUGUUUCCCCUCUCUCCCUUCGCAGGAAAUAUUCCCUGUGGAGACAGUGCGGAAAGCAGCUCAGCUGGGGUUCGGUGGGAUCUAUGUGCAGCCAGACGUGGGGGGCUCUGGGUUGUCCCGGCUCGACACCUCCAUCAUCUUCGAGGCUCUGUCGACGGGCUGUGUCAGUACGACAGCUUAUAUCAGCAUCCACAAGUGAGUAAUGGGAGGCAGAAGUGCUCGGCCUGGAAGGCCACCUUCAGGCAGAGGGUCUGCAUUGUGACCCCUUUUCUUGUGGUUGUCGCUGCUGCAGCAUGUGCAAUUGGAUGAUCGACACCUUUGGGACAGAGGAACAGAGGCACAAGUUCUGCCCGUCGCUUUGCAGCAUGGAAAAGCUUUCCUCCUACUGUCUGACUGAGCCAGGUGAGGGAGAUUUGUUCAUUUAGUUAAAAGUUUUUCAUCAAAUUAUAUUGCAUUGAUUUCUGUGGGAAAGCAACAGAAGCAAUGAAGAAACAGGUAAGUGUCCCCGCUCCCUCAUAUAGAAGAAGAAGAAGAAAGCAGUUGAAAAACUUUUGAGGAUAUCCAGAGAAGAUGAAAUUAAGAGUCCAAAUGGCAGAGGACAGAAGCCACUUCAGACAGUGUUCUACAGUCUCAGGAUUGCAGAUGGAAAAUGAGGACCCCUCCAUGAAUGUAUCCAAGUCUUUCAAAGCAAGCUACAGUGGUACCUUGGGUUACAUACGCUUCAGGUUACAUACGCUUCAGGUUACAGAUUCUGCUAACCCAGAAACCUUGGGUUAAGAACUUUGCUUCAGGAUGAGAACAGAAAUCAUGCUCCGGCCAGACGGCAGCAGCGGGAGGCCCCAUUAGCUAAAGUGGUGCUUCAGGUUAAGAACAGUUUCAGGUUAAGUACGGACCUCUGGAACGAAUUAAGUACUUAACCUGAGGUACCACUGUAGUUACUGCCUCCUGCGGGAGUGAGUUCCAUAGUUGAACUACGCAUAGUACAAAAAAGUACUUUUAAUUUUUUAUUUUAUCAAUAAAAAUCUUCCAGUAUUCAACUUCCCUUUAUGCCAACGAGUUCUAGUGUUAUGAGAGAUGGAGAAAAACUUUUCUCCAUCAACUUUCUCCAUGCCAUGGUUAAUUUUAUAAACCUCCAUCAUGCCACCUCUUUCUUGCUUUUUCUCUAAAAGGUGCCAAACACUGCAGUGUUUCUUCACCUGGCGGAGGGGGGGGGGGUCACUCCAUCCCCUUGCUCAUUUUGGGUGUCCUUUUCUGAACCUUUUCCGGCUCUACAAUAUCCUUGUUGAUCUGAGGUGACGAAGGCCACCCUGUGAGCACCCCAAAAAUUGGAACCCGGGCCUCUCUUGUCUGAAUCUUACUCUUUAUUGCUCUUUUAACGGUAUCUCAGUUGCAAUUGUCUGCCUCUUGUUUCCCAAACAGGAAGUGGAAGUGAUGCGGCUUCCCUGCUAACUUCAGCCCGGAAGAAAGGGGACACUUACAUUCUGAACGGCUCCAAGGUACCAGGCGUCCUCCUCUUUGACACCCACUCUUCAUCUUUGCCUCAACGAACCCUCUAAAAUAUUCUCCUUCUCAUGCAGAACUAACUACCUCCCCUUCCUUAGGCUAUUUCGGUGCUCCAAGCAGUCGUUGCUGCAGAUGUCCAGAAUGCAAUAUUUUCUCCCUUCCGCAGUCCCUGCCCCCCGCAAUGCCUUCUGCACAUAAAUUAUUUGGUUCUGAAGAUUGCUUUGGGAAUUCCACUUGUGUUUCUUACAGCUAUCUGGCUUAAGGUAGCUUUGAAAAGGGAAGGGGAUAAAUUCGCAGUGUGUUAGGUCAGGUGAUGGUUAUCCCCACAUUUCAGGGGCAGUCUUGUCACCAGAUGUGUGCUGUGGGCUAGCGGUCAGAUACCUGCCAGGGCCCACAAACAACAAAGCAGGGGACCCAAUCCUUAGCCCCCCCGGCUCCUGCUGCUUUGCAGCUGCCUCCCCCCCCCGAUUCCCUUCCCUUCUCCAGAUGCGCAGGUAUUGACCAGAGUCGGAGAUGCUGCUGCUCUUGCUUUUCACUCUCCUUCAGGUUCGUUGUGUGGAUUGGGCCUGGAGGAAAAGGCCAGGAGUGUCAGUGUCAAGGAAGAGAGAGGGGCCUGCUCCCUGGGAGCAUCUCACCCCCAUUCCAUCCAACAUUUCUCCAACGAAAAUAGGGAUGUCGUAGGGAAAAGCUGGACAUUCUGGGAUCAAAGCAGAAACCGGGACAGCUUCUGUAAAUCUGGGACUGUCCCUGGAAAAUAGGGACGCUUGGAGAUUGCAUGUGGGAUCGAACCAGGGACCUUCUGCAUGCAAAAUAGGUGGAUAGCAUCCCACUACAUCCUUUUCCAAUAAUAAUAAUAAUAAUAAUAAUAAAUUUAUUUAUACCCCGCCCAUCUGGCUGGGCUUCCCCAGCCACUCUGGGCGGCUUCCAGCCAAAUAUUAAAACACAGUAAUACAUCAAACAUUAAAAGCUUCCCUAAACAGGGCUGCCUUCAGAUGUCUUCUAAAUGUUUGGUAGUUGUCGUUCUCUUUGACAUCUGGUGGGAGGGCGUUCCACAGGGCCGGUGCCACUACUGAGAAGGCCCUCUGCCUGGUUCCCUGUAAUUUGGCUUUUCGCAGUGAGGGAACCGCCAUAAGGCCCUCGGCGCUGGACCUCAGUCUCUGGGUAGAAUGAUGGGGGUGGAGACGCUCCUUCAGAUAUAGUGGGAGAGGGCUGAUGUCCUCACCCUUGUUUGUGGCCUUCCUCAAAGCGUCUCCCUGUGUGCUGCUGGAGGCAGGGUACUGGUGCCUGAUCCAGCGGCGCCCUUCUUAGCUCCAUGUUGCCACUCUGCCCUCCCUGUUUAUCCUCCCUCGUUUCAUCUUAAUCUUCUCCCCUGUCCUUUGUUCUCACUCCAGCCCUUCUCUGCUUCCUGGACCUUGCAUGGCCUUGGAUGCACAGGCCCCCCAGGGGCAACUUCUCUGCUUCUUGAGGUCGCCUGGGCUGUAGUAGACUCUCCCUCCCUUCCCUCCCCUUUCUCUUGAGUCAUCCUUUUUCUCGUCUCCCUAGGCCUUCAUUAGCGGUGGCGGCGACACAGACCUGUAUGUGGUGAUGUGCCGGACGGGAGGGCCAGGCCCCAAAGGAAUCUCAUGCCUGGUUCUGGAGAAGGGGACUCCCGGCUUGAGUUUUGGCAAAAAGGAGAAAAAGGUAAGCAGGUCGGGGUGUGUGUGUGUGUGAGGAGACACUCUUGGCUUUUGGGGUGCAUGCUGCAUUCAGAUUAAAAAUAUGCCACUUUUGCCACUGUGGGGACUUGCUUAAGUGGCCAGCCAGUAUAUUUUAUUUAGCUAUAAUAAAAUUCUAUAUCCUAUUUAUACAUCAUAAAAAAGAAAAACUAUCAAAACAGUUUUCAGCAAUAAAAACAUAAAACCAUAAAAAGUUAAAAACAAACACCAACAAACCACCAACAAAAUUAUUAUUAUUAUUAUCAUUUAUUAAAAUGUGCAGUGCUUUUUUCUAAAAAAAUGUUUAGGGGUGCUCUCAUUUUGACUCAAGAAAAUCACCAUUUUAUAGUUGCAAUUGUGAAAAAUAAAUACAGUAAAUGGACAAAAGUACAGAGAUUCACAAAAUGUUUAGGGGUAUGCGUACCUCCCCAUCCCCCCAGAAAAAAGCACUGAAAAUGUGUAUACUGCCCCAUUCCCAGAGAUCUCAGGGUAGUUCACAACAUAAAAAUACAGUAUUAAAAAAACACAAAAUACAUGAUAAAAAUAAGAACGGAAAGAACAUAAUAAUUCCCCCUCCCACAUCACAUUUAAAAGUGCAUCGGAUGACAGUCCUGGUUGAAGAGGAAUGUUUUCGCCUGUUUCCUAAAGGUGUAUAAUGAAGGUGCCAGCCGAACCUCCCUGGGGAGAGCAUUCCACAAACGGGGAGCCACUACAGAAAAGGCCCCUUCUUGUGUUGCCAACCUCUGGACCUCUCAUGGAGGUGGCACACGAAAAAGGGCUUCAGAAGACGAUUGCAGGGUUCAGGUUGGUUCCUGGGCCCAGCAGAACAGAAAUGUUUUCAGCUGAUAUCUAAAGGUUAGCAGUGAAGGCACCCCGCUGAAUCUCUAGUGGCGGAGUGUUCCACAGGACUGGGCUUAAGACACAGCAGUGGCAUCGGAGCGCAUUAGCAAAAAAGGCUCUCCUGUUUUUCCCUCCCCUGCAGAUGGGCUGGAACUCCCAGCCGACACGCGCCGUGAUAUUUGAGGACUGUGCCGUUCCGGUUGCCAACCGGCUGGGAGAGGAAGGAACGGGCUUCAACAUCGCCAUGAAGGGCUUGAAUGGAGGGAGGAUUAACAUUGGUAAGAGUGGAAGGGAAAGUGGGAGGUUUGGGCUGCCCAAGGGGGGCGGGGGGACAUGACGCCAGGCCUCCCGUGCAUAAUGGAGUCUUCUUCCCCAUUCCUUCUGCAGCCUCUUGCUCUCUAGGUGCCGCCCAUGCCUCAGUCCUUUUGGCUCGGGAUCACCUUAAUGUCCGCAAGCAGUUCGGGGAGCUGUUGGCUAGCAAUCAGGUGACUUCAUCUCACAACAGCCUGUCACUCCUGAAACAAGAGGGGCAUCUCAGUGGUUAGAGCCCCUGCCUUUCGCACAGAAGGUCCUGGGUUUGAUCCCCAGCAGCUCCAAGUCGGGUUGGGAGUGAUUCCACGCCUCCUGUGGCAUUCAGGGCAGAAGCUAAGGCCACAUUCACAUCGUCCAUUCAAAGCACAAUGAUAUCCCUAGAAUCAUAGGUUCUCUAGUCCAAUGCUCUAAUACUGCCCACUGCUGUCCCUGCGUGGGCUCCAGCUGGCAACUUUCCAGUUAACAGCCAGCCUGACCCGUUGUGCUUCAGAUCAUGGCUUCCCCCAAAGAAUUCUGGGAGCUGUAGUUUGUUAAGAGUGCCAAGAGCUGUUUUGAGGUCCUGUUUUGAGUCUGGACCAGUCUGAAUAGUUAGCUUUGGUGAAGACUUGACGUUUUUAUCCCCCCAAAAGUUUUUGAUUGAGUUUCCACUGAAAUGAGGUUGCGUUUUAAUGUUUUAAUGUUGUAUUUUAAUUUUGUUUUUUAAGCUGUAUUUCAAUCGUUUUUAUAUUUGGUGUUAGCCGCCCUGAGCCCGGUCUUGGCUGGGGAGGGCGGGGUAUAAAUAAAAUUUAUUAUUAUUAUUAUUAUUAUUCCCCUCGCAGAGCUACAGUGUCCAGAGUGGUUUAACAAAUCAAUCCCUCCUCCCCGGGAGCUCUGGAAAUUGUAGGUCUGGAAGAGGAAUAGGGGAUCCCCUCCCAACUCUCAUCACCUUUGACAAACUCCAGCUCCCAUAAUUCUUUGCAAGAAGCACCAAUUAUUUAAAGUGGUAUCGCAGUGCUUUAUGAUGUGAAUGUGGCCUACAAGUGAUCCAGCGAGGAGGGACGUAACAAGGCGCUGCCAACCAUGAACCCCACUGAGCACGACACCAUUUGCACACUGACUGGCAGCCCCUCUGCGGUGGCUUCCACACAAGCAUCUGUUCCCAGCCCUACCUGCACACAUGGGGUACUGAACUUGGGUCCUUCUGUAUGCAAGCAUUUGGUCCCCACUUUGGGCAGGCCCCCUCACUCCCUUGUUGGGGAGAAAUGGGGGAAUAGGGCAGCCUCACAGCAGCAGCAAAAUUGGGGCCGCUUGCUGGGUUGGCCCUCUGGGUACGCCUUUACCCGUUUUGCUGCUUCUCUUUUGGCAGUACCUCCAGUUCCGGCUGGCAGAGAUGGCAACCCGCUUGGUGGCUGCCCGGCUCAUGGUGCGAAACGCGGCGCAGGCACUGCAGGAGGGGCGCGAGGAUGCCGUGGCCCUCUGCUCCAUGGCCAAGCUCUUUGCCACGGACGAAUGCUUUGUGGUAGGCAAAUCCCCCCUCCUCCAGCCCCCCUUUUUUAAAAAAACAAAAACAUGCAUGUUUACUGCAGUUGCAAAGGUGGCGCUUUUUGCAUCUUCAAACGUUUAAGGCUUCUUCCUUGGUAUUUAAAAGACGCCAUCUCGGGAAAUGAUCAAGAAGUGGUAAGUCAAAGGUAACGAUCCAAAGGAAUUGGGAAAAGACCUCUAUAGUAUUAGCUGCUGCGGCAGCUCACUCACUUUCUCUCGAGCAAGGCUGCCCAGAGAGCUCACUGGUGGUACUGCUGCUGCUGUUCACCACAGCUACUGUUGCAAGGAAGCAGCAGCAGCAGCUGGGAAACAAGCACAAGGAAUGGCAAUUUGCAGACUGCUGCUCCUGUUAUCCCAGAAAGCAGAGCAGGAGUAGAAACGGAAGCCAAAUCUAUAGGUCCGACUAUUCAAGUCAAGGGAAGGUUCGUUGUUUAGUGGUUAACUCACUCAACCACUAGGUGGCAGUGUUGUAUUUUAAUCCAGGCUUCUGUGAGUCUUUAAAGGCUAUUGUGUCUGCUUUCUCUCUGCUUUCGUUUUUUUAAAAGACUGGUGCUUAAACUCAAUUAUUUAUUGUCCCUGUUCUACUUUGCUGCUGCUGCUAUUAUUAUUAUUAUUAUUAUUAUUAUUAUUAUUAUUAUUAUUUACAUUUAUAUCCCAGCUUUUCCCCAAGGAGCUAAAGGUAGUGUACAUAGUCCUCCCCGAUUUAUCCUCACAACAACCUUAGAAGGUGAUUCGGCUGGAUCCGGCCCCCGGGCCUUAGUUUGCCUACCUAUGCACUAGAUCUUCUCCCAACAGUUAGGCUUGAAGAAAAGCAUCCUAUUGGUGCAAUAAAAGGCCUUCUUCAAGUUCAGUUGUGGCACAGGGGGGUGAGGUUUUUUUGGGGGUGGGAAUGCAACAAAUGGGUAUUGGAGGGUUAAUUUUCCUACCCCAGCUAUAGCAAACACACCCCUUAAAAAAAUCCCAGUCCCCUGGACUUGGAGAAGAGCCUUCUGUCUGUUCAAAUAGAAGCCAAAGUGGGACAGAGUCAGCAGAGCACUGUAGACCGGAUGGGGAGGUCCCAGGGGCCACAUUUGGCUUGUGGACUGGCUCCUUUCCUCCCUGACCCUCCAGGCUCUAGGGCUCAACUCUUACUUGAUUCUGUCUUGCGCAGAUCUGCAACCAAGCCCUGCAGAUGCACGGGGGCUACGGGUACCUGAAGGAUUACAAAGUGCAGCAGUUUGUACGAGACAUCCGUGUGCACCAGAUUUUGGAAGGUGAGUUAUGUGGGGUGCUGCCCUGCAGCCUUGGCUGCUGCCUGCCUCAUUCCAGUGACUGCAUGCAGAAGGAACCUGCUUCAGUCCCUGGCAUCUCCAGGUAGGCCUGAGAUCGUUCCCCCUUGAAGCCCUGGAGAGCUGCUGCCAGCCAAUGUAAUGUAUGUCAGCCUUGGGUUACCCAGAUGGGACUACAAUUCCCAUCAUCCUUGACCAGUGGCGAGACUGGCUGGGGAUGAUGGGAGUUGUAGUCCAACAGCAGGGUGAAGAACACAGGUGCAGACAACACGGAUCAGUGGUCUGAACUCGGUGUAAGACACUUUCCUAUGUCCCUAGAUUCCUGUGUUGAUGGUUCACUGCAGCCGCUGCUCUGUAGUUUUCUGUUUAUGUUGAGACCCACAUUAAUGUUCAUUAACUGCUAAGCUACAAUGAGCUGAUUGCACAAUGGCUUCACCAAUGUCUCCCACUUGCACGGGUCGGCCACAUCUCAUGGUGCGAGCUGUGGGAACUUGGUCCCAAGUUAACAAAUAGCUAGGAAACCUGCUGCUUUUUAAAAUCAACAUAGGGAAGAUAGGAAGCUGCCUUAUGCGGAGUCAGGCCAUUGGUCCAUCUAGCUCAGUGCUGUCUACACUGACUGGCAGCACCUCUGCAAGAUUUCAGGCAGGGAUAUCCCCAGGAAAUGCCAUUGGAGAUUAAACCUGGGACCUUCCGCAUGCAAAGGGCAUGCUCUACUCCUGAGCUGCAUCCCUUUCCCUGGGUAGGAUAUUGCGGUCGUAAGCAGGUAGUGCCUGCAUACUUUCAACCUUUGCAUCCAUGAGGACUAUAAACUUGCUUGCUUUAUCCAUGGAAGGAAGAAAACUGGGGUUCUUAGAAUUCCCCAUCUGUGUCUAGAUCCCCAGCACUUACAGUGCAUGCACCAAAUACACACAGUUCUGUGAUUUGCUAACAAAUACCUCUCUCUCUCUCUCUCUCUUUGUCCAUCUGUCUGUCUGUCUGUCUCUCUUUCAUCUGGCUUCACUGGCCAUAAGGCACUAACGAAGUGAUGAGGAUGAUCGUGGCCAGGAAUUUGCUACAGGCAUAGCGUCAGGAGCUGGUCUUCAGACCUUUGCUUUGCAGGAUACGAAUUUGAAACAAGGAGAGUUUGGAGGAGAGUUUUCUUUUUCACCACCAGCACUCCACCCACCUACCGAUCUCUGCCCUGAUGGGCACGGCUCAAAACCCAGCAGGUGGCAGGUGGUGAAUGCAGAGCCUUUGCCCUCGAAAGCCCAGCUGCAGUCCCGUUUCUCUACUCCUCCAAAAGAAACACAGCACUGGCCGAAACUGAACGGCCUGUAUCCUCUCCAACAUUUUAAGUUAGCUUCCAAUUCCUGAAGGCGGGAGCUACAGUCUUUUGAUGGGCUUUGAUACCAGAACCUUGCAGUGCUGGUGGGCAGAAGGAAGAGAAAAUCCGUUCUAGGUUUUGCACAUAUUGGGGGAAAGGGAUAAUCUUGUUACAUCCUUAUUUCCAGGAGAUGACACCUUUUUCCCCAGGGGAAAACCACGAAGGCCUUUUAAGCUUUGCCUUUUCCUUCAAGACACAGGUCCUCUUUUUUUAGGUCAAGUUGGCAGGUGAGGAGGAGAUCUCUCCUCUCUUACUAAAUCAGGGGUUGCUAAAUUCAGAUGUUGCUGAUAUCUCCCAUCAGCACCGGAGUCAGCAUAGCCAUUGAUUAGGGAUGAUGGAAGUUGUAGUUCUGCAAUAUCUGUAGUAAACCCAAAGGAGAGGGAACCUGCAGCCUUCCAUCAGCUCUGGCAAGCAUGGCCAGGAAUAAUGAGAGCUAUGGAAGUCGGAGUUAAUAGUCCUGCAGGACUACAGGUUCCCCAUGUCUAUUAAACCUCAUGGCAACCCCCUCGAUUUCCACCAAAGCUCGCUCUGUCUCCCACCAUCGUUCAGAUGGUGCUAAUCCUCUUCACCAUUAGAUCAUUUUGGCUGCAGCAGGAAAGCCUUUUGAUGCACAACAGGGUCUCAAUCUGGCAAUUUCCAGUUGGCCAAUAGCACAAAGAGUGCCGAGAGUGCUGAUCCGGGUCGUUUUCUUUUACUACUCCAUGCUGGAAUCAAUAAAUUGCUGUUUCUAACUU